AUGCCUAUCUCUCGCCGACUAUGGGGAUUGGAAAACAUUUUGGAUGACUAUUUUCUAUUUGUGGAUGUUCCAUUCACAACUGGACAUUCUCUUUAUGACGAAGCCAUUCAAAGUCUAAAACUUUAUAAUGAAUCAAGGGAUCAUGACACCAAAUUAGAGAAGACAUUUACCAAAAAAUUCCUUACUUAUUUAAAUACGCCACAUAGCAAGAAAUCGUUUUUGCAAUUACUUAAGGAAUCUGUAAUUGAAAUUAAUGAAGAAAUUGAAAUUAACGAAGAAAUUAAAAUUAAUGAAGAAAUUGAAAUUACAAGUAAUGGGCUUGUAAGUGAAGAUUUACGAUCCAAAGGUCAAAAGCGAAAGAUAAUAACGAAAAACGAAUACCAAUGGAAUUGA